AGCGGAGACGGAGAAAUAAGAAAACCCCCCUCUGACUAUUUCGCCCAAAGGUCAUUUUCCUUGCGAUCUCUCCAUUUUCUCUGUCCCGACAACUGUUCAACAAUGGGAUCGUUGUCGCCGGCGAUCAGCUCCAAGCUGCUUCUUCCGACGACAACCAGUGAUCGAACUUCUUUCCAUGCAUUGAUCCGGUCAAGUUUCCCGUGUCGCGGAGAGAGACCGAACAUGAUCGGAGUUUUCAAGAGAACUCAUUGCGUAGCAUCUGCCGAGAAAAAGUCAAAGUCCGCCAUCGAUUUUAGCGAUCCCGAGUGGAAAACGAAAUUCGAAGAAGACUUUGAGAAGCGAUUCAACAUCCCUCACAUGCGCGAUUUCUUCCCUGACGCCGUUUCAUACCCCUCCACUUUUUGUCUCAGAAUGAGGACUCCAGUGAGUGAAGAAUUUGCACAAGGGUAUCCUUCUGAUGAGGAGUGGCAUGGAUACAUCAAUAAUAACGAUAGAGUUCUACUUAAGGUUAUUCGGUAUUCUUCCCUUACAUCUGCUGGUGCUGAGUGUAUUGAUCCUGAUUGUACAUGGGUGGAACAAUGGAUUCACCGUGCUGGGCCUCGCGAGAAAAUAUACUUCAAACCAGAAGAUGUGAAGGCUGCAAUUAUAACUUGUGGUGGACUCUGUCCUGGGCUUAAUGAUGUCAUACGACAGAUUGUCAUCACCCUGGAGAUUUAUGGCGUGAAAAAGAUUGUGGGGAUCCCUUUUGGAUAUCGUGGAUUUGGCAAUGAAUUAGCUGAAAUACCAUUGUCCAGGAAGGUUGUUCAAAAUGUCCAUCUUUCUGGUGGAAGCUUGUUAGGAGUUUCUCGUGGAGGACCAAAUGUCAGUGAAAUUGUGGAUAGCAUGAAGGAAAGAGGAAUCAACAUGCUUUUUGUGCUGGGUGGGAAUGGAACACAUGCGGGUGCUAAUGCAAUACACAAUGAGUUGAUAAAACGAGGGCUAAAGGUGGCUGUAGUUGGUGUUCCCAAAACUAUAGAUAAUGAUAUUUUGCUGAUGGAUAAGACAUUUGGUUUUGAUACUGCUGUAGAGGAAGCACAAAGAGCCAUAAAUUCUGCAUACAUUGAGGCGCAUAGUGCUUAUCGUGGUGUUGGAAUUGUAAAAUUGAUGGGGCGUAGUAGUGGCUUUAUAGCUAUGCAAGCAGCUCUUGCUAGUGGCCAGAUUGAUAUAUGUUUGAUUCCUGAGGUACCCUUUGAACUGCAUGGGCCACAUGGUGUCCUAAAACAUCUAAAGUAUCUACUUGAGACAAAGGGAUCAGCUGUCAUCUGUGUAGCAGAGGGAGCCGGUCAGAACUUUGUGGAGAAAACAAAUGCUAAGGAUGCAUCUGGGAACGUUGUACUUGGAGAUAUUGGCGUUCAUAUACAACAGGAGAUAAAAAAAUAUUUCAAAGAGAUUGGGGAUCCAGCUGAUGUGAAAUACAUCGAUCCUACAUACAUGAUCCGUGCCUGCCGAGCAAACGCAUCAGACGGAAUCCUCUGCACCGUGCUGGGUCAAAAUGCUGUCCAUGGUGCAUUUGCUGGAUAUAGUGGCAUCACAGUUGGCAUAUGCAACACCCACUACGUCUACCUUCCUAUUCCUCAAGUUAUAUCUUAUCCCAGGACAGUCGACCCAAACAGCCGCAUGUGGCAUCGUUGCUUGACAUCUACUGGCCAGCCCGAUUUUAUUUAAUCCAAAAAAAUCAAAAUUUUAAAUUUACAUAAUCAUAAACAAGACUUGUUAGUCUCAGAAAUAAUACAGAGAGAGGAAGGGGGCAUGCAUUGUGCUUCCCACAACCACAAAUAAUUUAUGGUAAACACACCCACACCCACACCGACACCGACCUCAACUAUGGGAAGUGCACUGCAGUGUUGGUUUCUUGGUUGAUGUAGAAUUUUGUUUACUUAGGUAGGUGUAACAUCCUUUAUCCUUUUUGUAAUAAGGAUUGUUUUUUUUUUUUUUAAAAACAAAAUUAACAUGUUUCAUUAUUUGUUUUGCUUCAACAAGCAAGUAUAUUUUCAUCGUAUGUUGAUGUACUAAAUAUUCAGGUUAUUAGACCAUCAAUACAACUGCAAUGCAAUGA